AUGCUCCGGGAGGAGCAGCUGGACCUGGUGCUGGUGCCGCUGGCCCUGGCGGCGGUGGCCGGCUACCACCUGUGGCUCCUCUGGGCGAUCCUGCGCCAUCCCACCCGAACCGUCAUCGGCCUCAACGCCAUCGCACGCAAGCGCUGGGUCGCCGCCAUGAUGGCCAACACGGAGAAGAACGGCGUGCUGGCGGUGCAGACGCUGCGCAACAACAUCACGGCGUCGACGGUGCUGGCGACCACGGCCAUCACGCUGGUCUCCGUCAUCAGCGUCUUCAUCGGCGUCACGUCUCCAGCCUCCUCGCCGUCCUCCAGCAAGGCGCCGGCGCCGCGGCUGGUGUACGGGAGCAAGGCCGGGGAGGUGUUCGCGGCCAAGUACCUGGCCGUGUCGCUCUGCUUCAUGCUCGCCUUCGUCUGCAACGUGCAGGCCAUCCGGCUGUACGCGCACGCCAGCUUCCUCCUGGGCGGCCUGCCGCCCGGCCCCGGCGACGAGGCGGAGGCGCGCGAGGAGGAGUUCGCGUCGUACAUGGCGCGGACGGUGAACCGCGGCAGCUACGCCUGGUCGCUCGGCCUGCGCGCCUUCUACGUCUCCGCUCUUCGCUGGACGUUCGGCCCCAUACCGAUGCUGGCCUGCAGCGUGCUCAUGUGCGGCCUGCUCUACUUCCUCGACACCACCAGCGCCAGUGACCACGGCCACGUGCACGGCCAGCAAGGGACCGGCGCCGCCCGAAAGGAUAGCACAGUCUGA